CGGGGCCGGCCCGGCCGCCCUCCGCUGCCGCCUCGCUGCUCGCGGGGAGGCCGCCAUGGACCGCAACCCCUCGCCGCCCUCCAGCGAGGCGGAGGAGGAGGAGGAGGGCGACGCGGUGGGCAGCACGGUGUACAGCAAGCACUGGCUCUUCAGCAUCCUCACCCGCCUCAUCGAGGUCAUUAGCCCCGAGAAGACCGAGCCCAGCGCGAACCCUGAGGAAAUCCAGACGGAGCUGGACGAAGAGAUGGAGAACGACAUUUGUAAAGUGUGGGACAUGUCGAUGGAUGAGGAUGUCGCUUUAUUUCUUCAGGAGUUCAAUGCCCCUGAUAUAUUCAUGGGAGUUUUUGCCAAAUCCAAGUGUCCUCGCCUGACUGAAAUCUGUGUGGGAAUAUUGGGAAAUAUGGCCUGUUUCCAAGACAUAUGCAUGUCUAUUAGUAAAGAUGAGAAUCUCGGCCAAGUGUUAUUGCAACGUUUGUGUGAUUCAGAUUCUCCAACUCUGCUGGAAACAAGCAGGUUGUUGUUAACUUGCCUCUCCCAGCCUGAGGUGGCCAAUGUUUGGGUUGAGAGAAUCCGAGACAGCCCUUCGGUGUAUGACUGUGUUUGCUUUAUCAUGUCAAGCUCUACAAAUGUUGAAUUGCUGGUAAAAGUGGGUGAAGUCGUGGACAAACUCUUUGAUCUAGAUGAAGAGCUAAUGUUAAACUGGAUUAAAAGUGGCAUGUGUCAGUCUGUGGGACCGUCUGUAGAUGAUUCCCCUGAAGAACUUCCAGAUUUUAAGAUUGUGCCUUGUAUACUUGAAGCAGCCAAACAAGUCCGCUCAGAUAAUCCGGAAGGACUUGAUGUUUAUAUGCAUAUCUUGCAGCUCCUAACCACAGUGGAUGAGGGCAUUCAGGCUAUUGUGCAGGCUCCUGAUGGAGGAAAAGAAACUUGGAGUUUGCUUUAUGACCUAGUUUGCCAUGAACUCUGUCAGCCAGAUGAUCCACCGAUCAUUGUGCAGGAGCAAAAGACUGUAUUGGCCUCUAUUUUGUCGGUGCUAUCUGCUAUGUUUGCUUCACAGACAGAACAAGAAUACAUCAAGAUGAGAAAAAAUAUGCCUCUGAUUGGGAGCUUGAUUCGUAUUUUACAAUACAUGGAGGGCUGCGGGAAGAGAUCUGUUGAUAACUCAAAGGAAUCUGAACAAGAAGAGACUGGAAAAGGUGACCUAAAUGAGGAAGAUUUCCACUUGAAAAUUUUGAAGGAUAUUUGCUGUGAAUUGCUUUCCAAUAUGUUUCAAGAACUGACCAAGGAAAAUACAUUAGAAGGACUAAACCAGGGACAUUUAAAUGAACAGACGUGUUCAUGUGCAUUCCAGAACCUCUUGCCACUCUAUUUUGCAUCAGUGGAGAGUUUCCUUGAAGUUCUGCGUGAGGCUGAUCAGACACUUGCUGAAAAUCUAGAAAAACGUUUCCCAAGCCUGAAGGUCCACACCUAAGACUGUACAUGAAAUACUUUCCUUUUUUGGAAUGAAGAUUUUUGACUGUUCAUUACAGUGUUUCAGAAAUCAGUUUUUCAGUAAAUGUGAAAGAAUGAGUUAGCCUCCGAACCAACAGGUGACUUUUAAGAAAUUUUCCAGUUAGACCUGAUUAAACUAGGGAUAAUCUGGUCUGCAUGGGGAAGGAAACUGUUGUAAAUUCUGUUCUGCACCUUCCAUCCUGUUUGCUCUGGUGACGAGAGACUGUUGAUUUCUAGUUGCUCUUUUGUGGAGUAGUGUUGUUUGAAUAACUCCUGAUCUUGUGCUUUUUAACAUAUGUUGAAACAACAGAAUGGAUGAAAUGCACAGAGUUGUUCUUAACGUGAUGAUGGCAUUUUCCAAGUUGCUGCUGGCAGGAGGAAAAUUGAUCAGGAAAUCUCAGAUAUCCUUUGGCUAAGCACCUUCAUGCACCUGAUGAAAACAGUUAAAUUACACAGAGGAGAGGGGUUUCCUUUUUUUUCUUUUUAGAUCACAUCAGUACCUUGAGCAGGUAUUUUAACAGAUGUUUCAUCCCGCACCUCUAAAAUCUUUACCUGUCUUUGAUUGAAGCAUUUUUUGCCCGGCGGCUCUGAGUUAUGACAUCUAGGCCCAGCACAUUUCAAAGGAUUUGAGAAUGUGGUUACCAAAGGUCUGUGCUGCAGCUUCCAGCCCUGGCAGCCAGCUACCCAAAGUUAAGAGUUGUAGGAUGGCUUGGAUUUAAUCCUUGGCAUACUUGCAGACUUUUUGCUUUUUUAAAGCAGCAAGUACUUCAGUUUAGGAAGACAACAUGUAUCAGACAGUUCUUUCCUCAUUCACAUGUUUUAUGAGUCAUCUGUGAAUGGCAUUAGAAAUGCCAUGCUAGCCUGACUUUUCAGGGGAGUUAAGAUGUUAAGUCAAUUGCAGUCAGUUAAUUCAGUGUAUGGAGUCUUCUAAAAUGCCACUUCUAAUCACAUUACAUUUUAACUACACUACAUUGUUAUAUCCCUGCAUGCAGUGCAGCUAGUAUUCUUUUCUGUGUGUGUGAGCAGCACAUCAGCUCCAGCUGUUGCUAUAAAGCAGAGUGCAGAGCAAUUGGUCUUCAUCAGCUUUGGGAUGUAAAGGAAAAGUGGAAAACAGAGCAUAGGGAAUAACUUAAUACCAUUAUGCACACGUUCCCUUGUUCCCCAUGUUUUUUAUACGUUUAAAUGUUGUGCUGGGCCCUGUUUUGUUUGCCCUGAGUUACCUGUACAUGUGGUAAAAUACAGUAUCUGUAUGUAUAUAUAGCCUUUUCAUCCAAACUUCUAGUUUUCAAAAAAGUACAAUUUAAUCUUUUCUUUGUGCUGCCAGAAACUUCUUAGUUGUUGGCAGGGGACUUAGAAUUUAAAAAGUCUGACUUGUGUCACCAAAAAGAAUUGCAGUGGUUUCUAUCAAUUUUUGUAUGCUGUGUUUACUGGAGAAAACUGGUAACUGUGAAUAGAAUGACAGCAUUUUUCUUACUACUUUGACAUUUUGGGAUAUUUUCUUAAACCUACAGAUUUGUAAUAAAGUUUCUUUAAAAAAAAAAAAAAACACAAACAAACAACACUGUAUGCUUUUAUUCCUUCCAAGUGUCAAUUAAAUUUGUUUUCUGAGCUACUGGAAAUGUCUGUUGCUGUCUUGAAAAUGUCAUUUUUAAAAGGAAAAUUGAGCCUCUUCAUACUGUCAUUGUGCUGUAAAAUAUAUUGUCCUUUAUUUAAUAAUC